UUCUGGUCAGUCUUUGCUUUGAACUAUGACUGAGGCCGACAUGUACUUUUGGUACAAAGGGAUUUAUCUUAGUUCAUACCUGCACGUAGCGGAGGGCCUGAAAAUAUAUGAAGAGUUUACUUUUCGCCAGGAUGAUAUCAUCAUUGUAACAUAUCCCAAGUCAGGUACGUCCUGGCUGAAGGAGAUUGUCCCCCUGAUCCUCAGUGGAGGAGACCCAGCCUCUGUCAAGAGUUCUCUCAGCUGGGACCGUGUUCCCUGGCUGGAGGUGAAUCAGUACCACUCUGACUUUUCACAGAGGCCGUCACCGCGCAUAUAUUGUACACACUUCCUGUACAACAUGAUGCUACCAAGCUUCUUUGAAGCAAAGCCAAAGGUCAUCUAUCUCAUGAGGAAUCCCAAAGAUGUGUUCACAUCUUUCUUACAUUAUUCCGAUGCAGCCAUCCAUAUGGUGAAACCAGGCCCACAAAGCGAGUUCCUCCAGAAGUUCCUUGAGGGAAAAGUUUGUCAUGGUUCAUGGUUUGAUCAUAUAAAGGGUUGGCUGAAUGCUGAAGAUAAAGAUCGCAUCAUGUACAUCUCCUAUGAAGAGAUGAUAAUGGACCUGAAGGACUCUGUGGCCAGAAUUGCUCAGUACUUGGAGAAGCCUCUGACCCCAGAGGUGAUAGAGAAGAUAACAGACCGAUGUUUGUUCAAGAAUAUGAAGCAGAACAACAUGUCAAACUACUCUGUCGUUCCUGCUGAAAUAUGGGACAGGACAAAGUCAGACUUUUUAAGAAAAGGAGUAACUGGAGACUGGACAAACCAACUAACAGUGGCAGAGGCAGAGUACUUUGAUGUUGUUUACAAGUUCAAAAUGAAGGAUGUCAAGUAUAAAAGCAAUAAAAGUGAGUGUUCAGCCUGUGGAAGCGACCUGUUUGCUGAAGCUGCUGCACACGACUCGUGGUUUUUCUCCUUGAACGACAGUAUGACUGAGGCUGACCUGUACACGCUGUACAAAGGGGUGUAUCUGCCUUCAGGGCUGCACACUCCACACAGCCUGCAAUACUACGACGACUUCACGCUUCGCCACGAUGAUAUUAUCAUUGUAACAUAUCCCAAGUCAGGCACAACUUGGAUGCAGGAGAUUGUCCCACUGACCAUGAGUGGAGGCGAUCCGGCCUCCGUUGAGUCUCUCCACAACUGGGACCGAGUGCCCUGGUUGGAGAUGUAUAGGUCCUGCGACCUUAACCUAGAAAAAAGGCCGUCUCCUCGCAUGUUCACGACUCACUUCCACUACAACAUGAUGCCUCCAGGCUUCUUUGAAGUAAAGCCAAAGGUCAUCUAUGUCAUGAGGAAUCCCAAAGAUGUGUUUACAUCUUUCUUACAUUAUUCUGAAGUGGCCUCAUUCCUGGUGAACCCAGGCCCACAGAGAGAGUUCCUCCACAAGUUCCUUGAUGGAAAAGUUUGUUACGGUUCAUGGUUUGAUCAUAUAAAGGGUUGGCUGAAUGCUGAAGAUAAAGAUCGCAUCAUGUACAUCUCCUAUGAAGAGAUGAUAAUGGACCUGAAGGACUCUGUAGCCAGAAUUGCUCAGUACUUGGAGAAGCCUCUGGGCACAGAGGUGAUAGAGAAGAUAACAGACCGAUGUUUGUUCAAGAAUAUGAAGCAGAACAACAUGUCAAACUACUCUGCUGUUCCUUGUGAAAUAUUGGACAGGACAAAGUCAGAAUUUCUCAGGAAAGGAAUAACUGGAGACUGGAAAAACCAACUGACAGUGGCCGAGGCAGAGUACUUUGAUGCUGUUUACAAAGACAAAAUUAAUGAUAUCAAAUAUAAAUUUGUAUGGGAUCAAAAUAGAUUUGAUGAGCACACUCAAUGAUAAUCACCCCGCCAUACAAUGAUGCACAAAAUAUGCAUCUUUCUUAAGAGACAGAUCAUUAGUAUUACUGCCAUUACCAGCAUUACUUUCUAAUUACUUAUCUUAAUUAGAAAGCUGCAGUCUCAUCUUCUUGACUUUAUUUCAAAUCCUUUGUGUUGAGAUAUAUAUAUCAAAGGCUUUCUCAAAUAUAACUGUGGCUUUCAGCAUGGACUGCUAAUCCUAUGUCUUGCCAAGAUGACCAAGGCAGGCCUGAUUAUGCUCAAAGCUAACUAUGAUAUAAAACUUCCAUCUUCUGUUCCUAAAUGUAUUCCUAUUCUAUUUUUAUUUGCUUCCUCAUUCACUACAUAACAUCCUGUUUUUUUUUUAAAUACCCUGUCUGAACAGUGGAACAUGGGGAUGGUGCUGGUUGGGAAAAAAUUAAAGGUGCAAUUGUC